UGGUCGGGCAGGAGCCGGCAGCCGCGGGCCGGGCCGGUGGAAGCGUGGCGAGUGCCAAAAAGAAACUGCAAUGGAGAGUACAGUAUCAGUCACUUUCCUUGUAUCGUUUUCCAUACUACUGUGUGAAAGUUAUCAUGGAGUGGAGACAGCAACUGUCGUGCAUACAUCGGAGAGAACUUUUCCGGAAAAGGCAGCUGGCGUUAAUAUUGACUUGGCAGGAUUAAUACAGAAGUUUCACCUUCAAGAACUUUUUCAUCGUUAUGGAGACAACAACUCUCUGUCGAUUGAAGGGUUUAGAAAACUGCUCCAGAACAUAGGUAUAGAUAAAAUUAAAAGGAUUAAAAUAGACCACGAUCAUGACCACGAUCAUCAUCAUCAUCAUAAUCAUGUUUCGUUGAGUAAAAGCUCAGAGAAGACUGUUUGUCCACACCAUGAAUCUGAUGCUAACAAAGACCACAGGAACAGUCACUCAAAGGAACCUCAUAAAUUAGAGAAUGUAGAACAUCAGCAGAACUUUGUACGCAGCAAGAACACCGUUAAUGAAAUAACGGCAUCUAUCAUCACUGCUCCCACAGACGGCCACUCUGAAUUAGAGAAUGUGCAACCUGGAGAAGUCAAGCCAGUUGCUCGUUUAGGUCUGACCAGCUCUAAUGCUGUUAAUGUCACAGGUGGCAGCAAUGCAAGCUGGCUUGCUAACAGCAAAGUAAAUGAAUCUCAUACUUCUCCGAAGGAGUCAGAAAGAGGAAGUUACCUGUAUUCUAAACUGAAAAACCAAAAUACCCAAGAGUGCUCCAGUGCAUCAAAACUGAUGCAGUCCCAUGGAAUAGGCACUCAAGUAUUGUUGACUGCUACAGAAUUUAGUUACCUCUGUCCAGCUCUUAUUAAUCAGAUCGAUGGCAAAUACUGCAUAGUCCAUGCAACUAGUGAAAAAGCUGAAACUCCUCCAAAAAGUUACUCUCUGGAAAUAGCUUGGAUUGGUGGCUUUAUAUCCAUCUCCGUCAUCAGUUUUCUUUCCUUACUGGGUGUUAUAUUGGUACCGCUGAUGAAUCGCGUAUUUUUCAAAUUUCUUCUAAGUUUUCUUGUGGCGUUGGCUGUGGGUACUUUGAGUGGAGAUGCGUUCUUACAUCUCCUUCCACAUUCUCAUGGAAACCAUCACCAUCAUCACGAAAAACCUCUGCUUGAACAAAACAAAGGCUCUAUGUUCAAACAUCUUGUUUUUCAAAGUACAGAGGAGAGUGCUUACUUGGAUUCUACAUGGAAGGGACUUACAGCACUUGGAGGCUUGUAUUUCAUGUUCCUAGUGGAGCAUUUGAUCACUUUAAUAAAGCAAUUUAAAGACAAGAAGAAAAAGAAAAAAAAUGAAGAUGAUGGAGAAAGUAAGAAGUUUUCAGCGAAUGAAGAAAAGUUAGAUACAGAUGAUCGGCCUGAGGGCUAUCUAGGGACAGACUCUCAAGAUCCAUCGCCCUUCAUUUCUCAGCAGCCAACUGUACAAGAAGAAGAAGAAGUGAUGAUAGCUCAUUCUCAUCAAGAGGAGGUUGACAAUGAAUAUGUGUCCAGGGGCUGUAGAAACAAAUGUCAUUCUCACUUACACGAUACUCUAGGACAGACAGAUCAUCUUAGUCAUCAUCACCAUGACUACCAUCAUAUUCUGCAUCACCAUCAUCAUCAGAACCAUCAUCCCCACAGUCACAGUCAGCGCUACUCACGUGAAGAACUGAAGGAUGCGGGGAUAGCAACUCUGGCAUGGAUGGUGAUUAUGGGAGAUGGACUACACAAUUUUAGUGAUGGCCUAGCAAUAGGAGCAGCCUUUACUGAAGGGUUAUCUAGUGGUUUAAGCACUUCUGUGGCUGUAUUUUGCCAUGAAUUACCUCAUGAGCUAGGAGACUUCGCUGUACUUCUAAAAGCCGGUAUGACUGUCAAGCAAGCUGUGCUUUAUAAUGCUCUGUCAGCUAUGCUGGCCUAUCUUGGAAUGGCGACUGGGAUUCUUAUCGGUCAUUAUGCAGACAAUGUUUCAAUGUGGAUAUUUGCACUUACUGCUGGCUUGUUCAUGUAUGUGGCUCUUGUGGAUAUGGUGCCUGAAAUGCUCCACAAUGACGCCAGUGAUCAUGGAUGUAGCCGCUGGGGAUACUUUCUGUUACAGAACGCUGGGAUUCUGUUGGGUUUUGGGAUAAUGCUGCUUAUCUCUGUAUUUGAACAUAAGAUUGUAUUCAGCAUAAACCUGUAAUCCUGGUUGCCAGGAACAGAGCUUGGUGUUAAAUUAUAAGUGGUAGGUUUUUUUUCUAUUGAAUUCCCUAACGGAGAGGUACGUUUGAUAUAGACUAGAUAUUUUUAUUGGUGUGCUUUGUUGUUGUGUCCCUCCCUCCCUUCUCCCCCUGAUAGAAAUGAACACUGUAAGGUUUUUUUCACUUAGGAUUUAGCAUUGCAUAUGGUACUGUGGAAAGUUGUACUUAGUAAAACAUGGUGAAAGUGCCAAAUCUAUUAAAGGAGUAUUGUCUGGGGAGUUAGGGGGUUUUUUUUAGUAAAUUUAUUUACUGUAUGCAAUUAUAUGUAACUUUUUUUUACUUCAAUGGUUUUGUUGGUUUAAAGAAAUAAAACGGCAGUGGUUUUUAUUUUGGCACAAUCAAAAUCAGCAGACACAAAGCACAGUGAGCAGUGUAAAAGAAGAAAAAGACAUGUAAUGGGUAGCAUGUGUUUAUAUUGGUAGAAACUCAUCAUUUUUGCAUCCACCUAGUUUACACGGAGUGGCAGAUAAGUCCGCUCCAUCCUUUUUGCGGUGGUUCUUCUCUCAAUAGCUUGUGGAUUCUUUGUGUCUUACUCCAGUUGGUUUCUGCUCCAAACAAAUUCUUGUGAAAUCCUGUUUUAAGUGUUUGCACCAAAUGUUUUACUUGUUCCAUCCCUUCUGAUGUGAGUUGCGCUUCACUGUUUUCUCAAAUCAGCAACAAAAAUACAGCUAUUAGAUUGUAAAAGCAUAGCUCUAGCUCUAAUAUACGUGAAUUCCAUCAAAAAGACUUUUAAAGUAGUGCUAUAUCCCACCUAUAUUUUUGCAACAGCUAAAGCUGAGAAACCCAAAAUAGCAAAAUUUGUUUGACAGCAUAUAUAGGGAAGCAGCAUGUUAAGGAUAAUUAUAAGUGUAUAUGUAAGUAUGUAGUUUGAGCUUACAGUCUUCAUAUUUUAACCACCUUGAAAGUAACUGAAGGAAGGAGAAGGAUGAAAAAGACAAUGGUUAAAACAGGUGGCAUAUGUUGGUCUGUCAUACAAUGAAGCUAAAACUACUCUGUCACCUCAGAAAUAGAUGUUUGGAAUGAAUUGAGAGGUUUGGGGUGUUUUUUACUAGUUAAGAAAUGGGGAUCGCAGGAGUUUCUGCAGCCAGUGGAAUAUUAGCUUUUCCUCUUCCUUCAGUCUUUCCUCAGGUUAACAAGAUCGAGAUUUAAUCUUCUGCCCACAGUGGUGAAAUCCUGUUCCGUGCCUCCUUUGCCUUUCUCUACCCCCUGACUUCAUACUUCCUUCAGCUCUGCUGAUGCAUCCUGAGGGGAGCCCUAAGCUGUGGUGGGGUCUUACCAGCUCCCCCAGAUCCGCACAUGUAUGAACCUGUGUAUCUCUUUGCUUGGUGAACAGUUGUUUGUAGAGAGCAACAGGCUUCUCUUUUUGGAAGCACUCACCUUCCUCCCCCCCAGCUUAACUUUCCAUUGCUAGAAGCUACUCUGAUGCUGGGUUUUCACCUCUAACAAGAACACUGACAAAAUAUAGGUGCAUUCCCUCCCUUCAUCAAGCACUUUACAUUUUGUAUGUCUUUUACUCUGUGCUAUUACAUUUUGAUUAAGCCUCUGGACUUUUGUUAGAAGCACACUUCUGAACAGAGGAGUCGUGCCACAGUACAAUAGCUGUCUGCUACAUUUUUAUAGCAUCUCCUUGAUCACCCAUCCUGUGCUCUUUUUACUCUUUUCUUAUAGCAGUCAUAUUCUAGUGUUCCUGAGCUUGAAUUAGUAGUAUAUGUGGGUAUGCUGAAAAGUGGGUAUGUAUCUACCCAUUGCUUCUGUAUCUUCCAUGCUCUUAAACUGUUAGCUUAUUUGAACUCUCUGAAGAGAAAGUCACUUCUGUUUUUUCAGUCUAAACUCUUAUGAUACUUCUGCCCUUACCUGUGCUAUAUUCAUUUCUUGAAAGCUGUUUCGUUUCUGGCAUGUGCACAUCACUGCUUUCUUCAGAAACAACCACGCCGACCACCACACUGACUUCCAUGCUGACACACAUACACGCGCUAAACCUGUCAAAACGGAAUUUUUCAUGCCUUGACUACUGCAUUUCCCUAUACUGACCUCCCGACUUGGCAGUCCCACCUCAUUCCCGAUCUCUCAAAACGUGGCUGCUUUUCCUCUGGAGGUCUCUUCCUGAUGUCUCUUUAUUGCAGUUGAAUGUGCCACCCUUUGGAGUGGUCUGAUUGGACCCUGACCUGUCUAAAUGAGUCUUGCCUUUGCUAGGGUAAUGGUGCUGGUCACCAUUGGAGCCAGUGUGCCUCAGUUCGUGCUCCUGUACUGCUCCUCACGAGCAAGAUGCAUUCCUGGGCAAAAAAAAUCAGUAAGACUUCUCCCCUCCUUCCCUCCAAACCUCUCAUCACAGCUCUGUUCUGCUGAAAUGCAGUGUCUGAGAUGCAACCUCACUGCAUCCUAGUGGGGUUUGUAGGGCUUGGGCUGUUACAGAAGUUGGGCAUGCUCCAUCUCUUUGGUCAUGAGGGAUUUCAGACUCGGAUGAGUUCAGUUCACUUGGAAUUUUUUACUAGUGGUUUCUGUUAGCCUACAACCUUAAUAGCUGCUCGUUCAGCUGGACUUCUCUUGUCCAGGUGCUGGAUGUGACAUAGGAAGCAGGCAUGUAGCCUAGCGUUGCCCAAGAGACUUUAAGAUCAAUGACUAAACGAUGGAGAUAAAUCUACAAAUUUCAGUCAGUGUUUCCAGUGGGUUCUUGGCUGGCUUUCGAUGUAAUCAACUGACAUUAAAAUAUCUGCAUAUCGAAACACAUUGCUAAUGUAACAGCAUGAAAAAUAAAUUGCCUUUAGAGCAUGUGGGCAGAAAUGGCUCUAUAAGCUAGACACAAGCAUAUCCCACCCAUUCAGUGCUCUUUGAUGGAGAGAUGUCCAUGACGGACAGCUGUCCAAACUAGUAAUUGAGAAGACUAUAGACUAAAACCUGCUGUAGGUUUGUACCAGCAAGAUGACAAAAGUUGGUUUUUUUUGGUUUGUGUUUUUUUUUUUUUUUCUCUUUGUUAGCCUUAUAAAGUAGAAUCUGCAUCUGUUGCAAUGUAUUCGCUUUGAAAAUACUCAUGGUUUGGCAAACUGAGGGGGCAGAGCCUCUAAGCAGCCCUUUAUGUUUUUUGCAUGUAUUUUUCUGCAGCAGUUUGUAACGUGCCUGGCUAUUCCGGCUGAUAAAUGGAAGUGGUUUUGUUUUGUGUAUCCGUCUGUACCUUAAUUACGGUACAGACCUUAAUUUUAUAUGCUGUUACAGCUGCCUUAUUUAGUGUCUGUGCUAGAUGCAGGUAAACAGAAUAGGCAAACAAUGCUGGAAUCAAAGUAGGGUUUUUUUGUAACACGUUCUUCUAAGGGUUUUGCCCUGUAUUUGUACAGAAAAGGUGUCGUGUGUAGUUACUAUGUGCAGUGAGAGUCAAAACAAAGGUGUGGAAGCUCUCACCUGCCCGGCCUUUGGGGUUCAGGUGCCAGUAGGGUUUCUCUGCUCCUUUGUGGCCAGGGCACUCGGAGUGAUGCCAGUGCGUUGUGGGAACGCAGCUCGAUUGUGUUUCUAUAAAAUGCAGUCAAGGCUAAAAUGGAAUUCACAGUGGCUCUCCUGCUGCCUGAACUGAGAGACCAGCAUAAUUAAAAUUUCUGUGGAAAUUCUGUUUGCCACAAGCAAGAAACAAAAAGAUGGCUUCUUGAAAUGUGGUUUUAUUUACAAUACCUUUUUGGUGCAUACAUGAUCACUGUAGCUAUUACUGUAUUGCUGUGUGCUAGAGAAAAUAAACCACUGAACCAAA